CUGUUUGCACACACACACACUGAUAAAUGUAGGGAAAUUCUUUCAAGAGGGCAGAGUCAGUGCCUGUCUUAACUAUUUUACCGGUUGAUUUGAGGGCUUCAUUCACUACAGCCGUUGGAUAUUUUAGGCUGUGGCUCUACCAGCCAAUCCAGGUGAUCUUUAUUAUCUACUACAACAAGCGUACCAAAAGGCCUUUCUUUGAGGUUCGAUUGUGUUGGAUUUCAGCUCAGCACCAAGGCAGAAAUGUCGGAAACCAAUAUUCAGGAAAAGUUCAAAGAAAAGAUCACUGCUGUUCGAACUGUGGUUCCAAACAGAAGUAACAAUGAAAUUAUCCUGGUGCUGCAACAUUUUGACAACAAUGUAAACAAGGCAGUGCAAGCUUUCAUGGAUGGCAGUGCAGUGGAAGUUUUGAAAGAGUGGAAUGUGCCAGGUAAAAAGAAGCAAAAUAAGAAAAGGAAACGAAAACCAAAACAGCCAAGUGGCCAGGUGAAGGAAGAGCGCGAGAGGCCUGGUGGACUGGAAGACAACGUCGAUAUCCCCCUGUCCAAAGCUGGACUGAAUGGUUACCAUGCCAAUGGCUCAGCCAAUGAUGAUUCCUCAGUGGAUUCUCUCAGUGAAAGGAUGGAGAUUGUUUCCAAUGAUGAGAAGGCAGCAAUGAGUCUGAAGUUGCAUCCGCUGCGAGCAUCUGAAAAACCAGUUGGCCUGACACCUGAAGAGGAAAAGUUGCCUUCAGAGCCAAUAUCACAGCCUCUUCAUGAUGCUCAAAAAUGUCUGACCAACAGACCAACUACAACUAAGGCAAAACCAAAAGCUUUGUCUGGUUCCCAUUCCACUGCUUCACCAUCUCCAACAGUACCAGGAGACCUGGUGUCAAACAAGAAGAGAGGUACAAGCAUUGAAAAAUCAGUGAAAGACUUGCAGCGAUGCACUGUCUCAUUGGCCAGAUACCAGCUUCUGAUCAAAGAGGAAAUGGAUGCUUCUGUAAAGAAAGUCAAGGCAACAUUUGCGGAUUUGCAGGCCUGCAUCAUGGAUCGAGAAGUUGCUUUAAUGUCAGAAAUGGAUAAAGUCAAAAAGGAAGCAAUGGAGAUCCUGGAUGCAAGACAGAGGAGAGCUGAGGAGUUGAAGAGAUUGACAGAUAUGGCUAUCCAGAUGUCAGAAUCCCAGCUUGCUGAACUUAGAGCAGAGAUUAAGCAAUUUGUAAGCGAACGCAAAUAUGACGAAGACCUGGGGAGAUCAGCCCGAUUCACUGGUAACAUUGACAGUCUGCAAGCCCAGAUUCAACGGUUUGGAGAAGUAUCACAUCCAAAGAAUAACUACUCUACAAGACUGCAGUGCUCCUUCUCAUUGAGUCCAACACAUCUGAAUCCUCAAGGCAGUUCUAAUAAUGUUCCUUCAGGGCCAUCUUCACUUGCUGCAUUAUCAUCAGUCAAUUCUAAAGCAGUGAAUUCCAGGGACAAUUCUAGCAUUCAGAAGGUACCUGCAGACAGACCGCAUUAUCAUCGUAAUGGCCCAUCUGGUCAAAGACGAGGAUUGAAUUCCCGAGCGCAAGGCCUCAGGCUCAAUGAAAAUCAUCUUCCUGGAAGAUCAGAUGAGUGUAGGAACAGGAGCCGAAAGGGACGUGCCCAAGAUGGCUUUAGGAACCAGAAUCAACACAGCAAAUCUAAGCAUCAGAGUUCAUCUUCUGAUGUAGACAAACUGCUACCAACAGAUUCUACUUCUAACAGUACUGUACUGCCAGUUCAAAUGAACACCAACUCAGCAACCCCUGAACUAGCUACCACUAUAUCUGUAGUUCUCAGUGACAGAGUUUCCCAGUAUAGAUCAUGUCCCAUAAAACCAGAAACAUCUGUUGAUACUAAAGUGUUGUCUUUACCUAAUAGAAUGACUGCAGUAGCUUAAUUUAUUUGCAGUAGCAUUCAUAAUUUACAUUUAUGCAAUUUCUGCCAAUUUAAGACUUGAAAAAAUUAUUAUUUUCUUGACUUGGAUAAAAAAAAUGAAUGUAGGCCUUUUAUUGCUGAAAAUUGCAUUUAUCGAGUGAAGAGUUUUAAGUAGGUAAUACAGAAAGUUUUAAUUAUAAUUUUGGGAGGAGGAAGCGAAUGAAAAGCCUUGAAAGGGCAUUAAACCUAUAAAUUCAAUUAUUGAAGUUGCAAUGAUUUAAUACGUAGACCAUUCAUGAAAAAUUUUGGGAUGCAAUUUUAUCUUUUGAAAAUUAUGCCCUCACAUCAUGUUCACCAAACAGCCAAUAACAAUGAUCAAGCAUUGUUUUGUUGAGGACUGCCCCUUUAACAAAAAGUUACCUUGAUGACAUUAUUCAUUCUUAGCAACACUGCUAAGGCAUUUUAACAAAGCUAGUUAGUAGCGUUCUACAGCAAUGAAUGGUUUAAAAUCUGAUAGAAAAUGUCAAAAUUCCAGUGAAGAUUCAGACCACUUUUUUUUAAAAGUCCCUUUGAUUUCUGGCACCCUUAUGACUUUUCUAGUUCACUUUGUCAUGGUUUCAGAGAUCAGGUGACCACCUUUAUCUCUUGAUUCAGGUCGCUAAUUCUGUAAAGAGAGCUCUGAGGAGUGAAUAGAGUGUCUACAUUAUACCUUCCAACUUCACAAACCCAGUGGUCACCUAGGAACAUGUUGACUGAAAUUAUGGUGACUUAUGUGAGGCAUUCACCUUCAGUGUUAGGAAAAAAAUUACAUUUCCUAUCAGAAAAUGUAUAUUUUUGUUUACCUGCAUUCCUUCUCUAAAUUGACACAUGAUACAACAAAUAUUAUGAGAUUAUUUUAAAACUUCUGUAAGGAAAUAGACAAGGAAAUCAUUGUAUUGUAUAAGUACCACAUACAUGGAAAGCAUAUACAUAUUAUAUAUGAGGACAGGUGCAAUCCCAUGGACAUCCUGUUCAUAUCAAGCAAUUUUUAAAAAUCAUUAUUUGGCUCUACCAUAGAAAUGCAGUUCGAAACUGUGACUUACAAGUCAUAAUUAAACUUUCUAUGUUUGUAACUUCUGGUGCUAGCAGAUGUUAAAGCUCCCAUUUUGUUUGUAUCAUAGGAAGAAACUGGUAUGAUAAUUUUGAAUGUUAAAGGACCAUCUUUCCUCCUCACGGUUUACUGUUAAAUCUCACUUUUCCUUAAACGGUUUGACGUAAAUCAAUGGAAAACCAUACAACUUUAAAUGUUUCACGUUAUUUUACACUAAAUAUUACUAUAUAGUCAAUUUCUGAAUUGUGAACAUCCUCUAUUGAACUUGGAAAUAUAGCAGUUAUGUAAAGAUUCCACUUGAGAUUCCAUAGUUGGUACAAUAGCAAAACAUCAAGCCUUAGUGCUGACUCUGAAUGUUAAUUUCAAUAUUUCCAACUUAAAGAAAAAUCAACAGAAGCAUACUCAGGAAUCAUUUUUCAUGGAUCAUGGAUCACAGUGAUAAUUUUGUUUGGUUUAUUAUUUCCCAGGUUAAAAAGCUAAUAUAUUUUUGCUCCCCAGAGUUUCAAUUAAAUAAUAAUUAUAAAUCUGCCAAGAUAUUUUAAAAUUCCUGU